UUAAUUGUAUCAUAUAAAUUCAUCUCCAUGUGUUUCAAUCUUUUACAACAUCGUUUUAUAAUUAUUUUAAAACUUGCAAAAAGAUCUUAACAUAUAUAGAAAAGGAAAGAAUGAGCACAUAUAUCCGCAAAAUAUGCAAUUUCAAGGGGGACGAGUAUGAAUUUGUACGAAUUUUAAUUUGGUAAAAAUGUAGUAGCUGUAAUGUUCAUACAUUUUCCAUAAAAAGAUUCAUAUCCGAAUUGAUCACUGAAAUGAAACCUUAUAUUGAAUCAUUUAACAACUAGUAUAAUUUUAUUAUAUUUCUUGAUUGAAAGAGUCAAUGCUCAUACAUUUAUAAAAGUAAAUAAAAUGGUAUAUUCCCGAACAAAGUAUGUUUUCUAAAAGUUAACUUAUACAACUAAGAUUCCACAUAUUAAUUAAUAUUUACUAUGUUUCAUAUUGUGUCAUUCUAGCAUUAUAUUUUUUGUUUAAUAAAAUGUCAUUUAUAUUUCUCAUGCAAACUUCCAUAUAUAAUCUAUUUCUUACUCUUUCAAACAACCAAUAGAUUUUUAUUUAAAUUAUUAUAUAUUAAAUAAAAAAUAUUAUUAUAUAUUAUUACUUUCUUAAUCCACGUAAAAUGUGUCUAAAUGACACUUUUAAAAACGGAGAAAAUAUGGUAAGAUAUUAUAUUUAACAUACAGAAAAUCUGGAGAGUUACUUUUAUCUGAAAACAUUGUUAAAAAUAUAAAUUAAUAAUUGAUUUAACCAAUUAUUAAAAAAAUUAAGUGUAAUUGAUUGAAUAAUUUUUAGUAAAGUUAAAAUUAACAUAGAGAACUUAAAACAUCUUAAACUAUUUUGAAACAUUAAAAUCUUCUAAAACAUUGUAUUGUAAUGAAAAGAAGGGAGUAUUAGAGAUUUCAACAAUGUAAAAAAAAUCAACAUUAAUUUCUCAAGUUAGAGUCUUUGAAACGUGUCUAAAAUCUGACCCGAAAAAAGGUAGAAAACUAUCACGAGAACUUGUUGUGAGAGUGACUUAAUUCAAAGCAUCUUUAGAAGUUUUGGAAAUCCAAUGCAAUAUCUUCGAGUCGAUUAAGGACCAGAAACAAUUCGAUAACAAUUUUCGAUUAGUUCACAUUUUCAUCAUUUAAUUUAUCUAACUAGAUUUUGGAAUAGUUGAGUUGAGAGUAGAAAAGGAAGGAACUAAUAAGACUAUUGCGUUGGAAGUGGAAACAAUACACAGGCUCCGAAUGGUAACUGCGGUUUGAACAGUGCGAGACAAGCGGUUUAACUGUAGUGCGGUUUUAACAGUUAUAAAAACGUAUAAAUAUAUGAUAUAUGUAGAAAUUUUUGUUACUGUUAACUGCGGUGCGGGGCGGGGCGGUUCGUAACAUUCGAAGCCACAAUAUAAGAAAGCUACGAACUAAAAACACAAAAAAAAAGAAGCUAGUUGCUACUUGGUCAUUGAAACUUUUUGCCAAACCAUCGACUACAUUUUUUUUUUUGAACAACAACCAUCGACUACAUAACAAACCUGAUUUAGUAAGUUUUACUCCAAAUGAUCUAAUACUAAAAGAGUGGCCGAGAUGCACCACAGAUUAAAACCUGAUAAAUUAGAAAACUUCAAUCUUAGACAUCCUCGAUCUUCAUGCGCGACACUCGUGAUUUUUGGUUUUCUUGUAUAAACUAACAUGAGUUAAUUAGUUUUUUGGGGGUAUUAACACUUAGUUAGUUGUGGUUAGGUUUGUUAAGUUUGUGGAUAGAUCAAUACAGCUUUUAGUUGUGUAUGUAAAAACAUAUUCCUUGUCCAAAUAAAUCAUUUUCCCCGCUAGAAGUAUAGCUAGCUAAUUUAGGAUUUAAGGAUUUUUUGUGGAAAGUGGUGAGGAAGGCCAUUCCAGUCAGCUCCAACUUAGCUACUAGAGGAGUUCCAGCCUUCAACUGUAAGUCAUGUGAUAUGGGGGAGGACGAUCUCCAUGUUUUCCUGCAUUGCAAAGUUGCGGAUCAGGUUUGGAGGUUAGCGCCACUGGUAUACAGACCCAUCACCUCCUUUACUUCGAUGGCCUCUUUCAUAGCCGGUGCAAAUCAACUUACCGUUCUUCCCCCCACGGGUGUAUCAGUUCCGCUGUGGCCAUGGAUACUAUGGAAUCUAUGGAAGGCAAGAAACAAGCUCUGCUUCGAAAACAGAGCAUUUUCCGGUAUGGAAAUCAUCUUAAAGUCCAUCUCUGAUGCAAGAGAAUGGCAAGUGGCACAAUACCAUAUACUCCAAACCUCCACGCAAGCUCCUGUAUGCCGAGGUCAGCCUCGUACUACUGCAGUGUUGGAAGCAGUAUCGCGCACUGUGAUAUGCAAUGUUGAUGCAGCAUGGGACGCACUAUCCAGGAAUUGUGGUAUUGGGGGUAUGUUCUCAGGAUGGAGCCCGUGCCCGUCACUGGCCCCUAUUUGCGAGUCCCGCAACUUUGUCUCAUCGGCGUUAAUGGCUGAGGCCCUCGCCAUCCGUUCGGCAGUUAUGUAUGCUGCCUCGUCGAAUGUUAAAUCCCUUAUGAUCCGGUCUGACUCCCUGUCCCUCGUCAAGCUACUGAAGGAAAGAGGCUCGGUUCCAGCUUUGUUCGGCAUUUUAUUCGAUAUCUAUCAUUUUAGUUCUUCCUUUGAUGUUGUUUCCUUUUCGUAUGUACCUCGGUUGAGUAAUGUGCUGGCUGAUUCCUUGGCAAAAUCAGCCCUCUCAUUGCUAAAUUCCUCCGGGAAUGGAGUGUAGACUCUCUCUUUAAUAUUGAAAUGAAUGUGUUUGAUAAAAAAAAAAAGAAAAAAAAAACCCUUUUUUGUAAUGGGACGGAUAAAACGGAAUGGAACAGAAAGCAGGCCCAGAAGCCCCAAUUGAUAAUUCUUUAAAGUAGGCUACAUCCAUAUACUAUAAAGACUUUGAUGAGUUGACGCAGGCUGCACUUCUUAAUGUCUUAGACGAUUGUAAGUUUUUUACUAUAUUAGAUUGUUUCGACACUAGUGUUUUUAUUUGGGCAUCAUCCCAGAACAUUCACUUCAGUGUUCAUAAUGAAAUUGUAUUCCUCAUCUUGUUAUUUCACGGGGUUUCCACUUAAUAUUAAGUGGCAAUAUCAUCUAUGCUUCUUCUAACAAUCUAUAUAGGAACCAAAUUUUAGCAAAAGAAAAAAAAACAAAUUGUAUAGGAUUUAAUUCCAGUCUGGGUGACAUCUAUAAAUUAAUACUUCUCAUACUCUCUUUGUUUUACAAAAAGUAUCACUUUAACAUUUUUCAUACAUUUAAAAAUGAAAUAUAUUUAUAAAUUUAAUAAAUACUGCUUGAGAUAAAUGCAAAAUAUUUAUUAAAUCAAUGUUGUUUACAUAGAAAUUAUAAAAUAACAUUUUUUUGUAUAACAUGAACAAAUUUCAAAAUAAAAUUCUUAUAAAACAGAGAAAAUAUAAAAGAGUGAACAUUAAAUCCAUCGUGUUAAGUCAUAUUUAGUAUUGUUAAACUUAGAUUUAUUGUGAAUUUUUAUUAAAUUAAUUAAUAAUAAUUGAAUUAUAUCGGUUUUAAAUUUAUUAUAUAUAUUAAUCAUGAUUUCAUCUUAAAUUCAAAUUUAUUAUGCUUUCAAAAUAAAAUAAGUGAAUUGAUAAUAUAAAUCAUGUAUUAAUUAUGUCACAUCAAAAAUUAGUUCAUAUUUUCAUAAAUAUACUUUGAUUUAAUGAUUAAAAAAAGGACCUUUGAAGACAUCAGAUUCGAAUAGACAUGAAAGGGUCCUUAUCCAAACAUACGUGAAAAUAUAUAGCCGCACACGGUACACAAUCUCAAAUGUUGAUUAAAGUGCAGCCCACGGUUUAUUGGCAUGUGAACUGUGAACAUUUAUCUCAUCUUGAUGGACAAUGUUUUUUUUCUUGAACAAAGGCUUUUGCUCGACAAUGCUCCCCGCCCCAGCCAUUUGCUUUGUUUUAUAUAAAAAUAUAGUAAUUCUUUAGCUUAAUUUGGUUUUGGAUUUAUGAUGUCAUUCAAAAGAAAUUUUAUCUAGAAGUGAUACCUGGACUGGUCUAUUUUUGUAACCGUUUGAAUUUUAAAGUUAUACGAAAUAAUAAAUAGUGCUAUUUGGAUUUUAUAUAGUCAUUGUUAAUCAUUUGGAUACUUGUUGUGAUUAAAAAAAUUGAUGGAUACGGGCUAACAAAUCUCUAAAUUAAUUAAAAAAAAAAUCUCUAAAUUAAUGUUCUUGGCAAACUAGUUACACGUUUGAAGCUAUUGACUACAUCGUAAGAACCUACAAACUAAUGUCAAGGUGUGCUUAAAAUAAUGUUAUUGGUAUUCUUGCGACUUAUGUUAUGUCGGACGUUUUGUAAUCCCCCGAAAACUUAUGAGCACUUUAUAACCUAUGAAACAUUAUAUUGUAGAAAUAUUUAUGAUCCGUUGCAGAACAGAAGCAUUGGAAUUCAUUGUCCACACUGUUAUGGGUAAUUAUCAUCUUAAGUCCUAACCUAAGAAUCUGAAGAAAAUAAAAAGGUUCAAUAAUAUGUUAUCAGAUGGUAGACACAUCGUCAAUAUAAGAUUCACGUGCGUUACAUGAUUGGAAUAAUCGAGCUACAUUGAUAAUAUGAUAUACUAUAUGGAUAAAUGUAAGAAAAAUGAAUGUAUGGCGCAACUAGUUGGGUUCUGCUGCGCCAUAAAAAGGUGAGAGUUCCAAGGCAAUUGGGCUGAGAUCUCAGAAACCACAAGAAAAAGCUUUGGUUCUUUUGCUGUCUUUGCUUCCUUCCUUGCCACCUCAUCUCUCCCAUGCAAUAUUCACAUUUUUUCUCUUUUUAUUUUUUCAUACAAUUGAUAGUUUUUCUUUAAUUUUUUUUUAAUUGAUAGUUUUGUGGAUGACAAACAAAAACGUAAAUCCCUUGGAAGAGGAGGUUUUGUUAGUAUAUAUUAUCAAUUCCAACGUUUCCAAGAGUAUCUAGAUAGCAUAUAUAUAUAAAAAAUCGACUUCACCUCUAUUUUUUGUUUUGUCUAAAACAGAAAUCAUUAUUUAGAAGAAAAUAACAUAUUUAAUGUUUAAAGGAAAAAGGAAAAAAUACUUUAAAAGCAUACAAUAAAGAAUAAAAUUUAUCUAUAUUAUUAUUUUAAUUUUAGAAAACAACAUAAUACAUUAAAAAUGGUAUAUGAUUAACAUUAAAACCACGAAAAACUUUGUUAUGAUGAACGUAUCUUCAAGAUAUGUUUCUCUUUUUUUUUUGGUGAUACGUGUACUCAGUAUUAUAGAUCUUAUAUUAAUACAAUUCUUGGUUUUUAUCAGAAAUGUCACAAAGAUGAUGAUGAAAUCAUAAAUAUUGUUGCAAUAAACAAGUGUCAUAAUUUCAAUUAUCUUCGAACGGUUUUGAAGAUCAUAUGUUUAUUGCCGGACUACCGUGACUUUUAAUAUUCAUGCAUCAGAAUAAAAAAAUCUUAAGAUAUACGUUGAUAUAAUUUUAAAUCGUAAUGUUAUACUUAGUCAAAAAAAAUCCUACUAUUUUUAUUAAUAUUUUCAAUUUCGUCAAAAACACUUGCCGGAUUUGCGAUUCGGGGGUUAUAAGUAUUUUCCAUCCAAAAAUCUUAAACAUAUUUUCUAUAAUUUAAAGACAUAUAAUUUUGAAAAAAUUAAAAUCUAGACCAAUAUCAAAUACAUGCAGGCAGGUUUGAAAGUAUUAUAUCGACUUCUUAUUUCUUUUUCUUUAAAAGGCCUCCAAUUGCAUGAUUACACAGUAAUUUCAAAUACUAUAUAUUUGUACUCUUUGACUAAAUAUAUAUUUGUAUAUUAAAAUGAGCAUUUAAGGAUUGGAGGAAAAAUGGAUUAUAUAAUGGUGUGAGUUCAGUUUUCUUUUUCUUACCCUAGAAGCAUACAUAAAUAUCUACGGUACAGGUACGCAGUUUAAUAGAUAUUAAUUAUUUAACAUGUGAGUGUUUUCAACAUCUACAUAACUUUUGUUAAAAUAGUGUGUAGUAUUGACCAAAAAAAAAGUGUGUAGUAUCCAAAAUCUAUAAAUGUUUCUAAUUAUUAUUAAUCGGGCAAACUAUUUGACUGACGCCAAGUAUUUUUCAAGAAUGGUAUGAAGACUAAAUGAGCUGUUCAUAUAUCCAUGAGUGGUUUGAUAAAAGCGCAGAUAUAUUUACUUCUGCACUACUCAGUUUCUCUGCAUCUGUAUUUCUGCCCCUCCAGUGGCAGCAGCUAGCAAUGCAUCUGCAACACUCUCCGAGUGCGCAAAUUAAUUUAUUUUUUUCUAUUUCAAAACCCAACUAAUAAAGUUGUUUUAACAGUUAAAAACCCAACCAAUAAAUUGAUUUUAGCCGAUUCUUUGAUUUAUCAAUUAUGUGUGGACUGUAGGUUUCGAGUAUACAACCGUUAACUCUAUAUGUAAUAUCAGUUCUGAUUUCUAAAAUAUCUGAAAACAUAAACCCUUUCUAAAUAUAAGUAGUUUUAGUUAAAACAUCAGUUUUAAAAAUUUGUUAGUUUUCAAAAAGUAUCAUUUAAUGUUUAAAUUCAACAACCAUAAAAAAUAUAUAUAUUAUUUUAUUAGUUACACAAUAUUCAAUAAAUACAUUUCUUUGAAAUUUGAAAACAAUGUAUAUUUUGAAACAAUUUUUUUUCUUCUAAAAUUACUUACAUUUAAACGAAAAGAGUAAAAUAUUUGGCAUACUAUGAAUUGAAUGAAAAUAAAUACAGUAGAAUCUCUAUAAAUUAAUACUCGAUAAAUUAAUAAAUUUCGCCGGUUUCAGUUUGGACCGAUUCAAAAUUUGACACAAAUCGAUAAAAUAAUAAGAUAAUAUUUUUUUAGAAAAUUUUAUGUAAAUAUAUGGUCCAUUAAAAUUAUAAAUUAAUAAUUUAUAUGUAUACAUAUUUUAUAUAAGUAAUAACAUAUUAUUAUAUUGUUUGCUUUAUAUUCAUAAUUGAAUUAUCUUUAUAUAUUUUUAACACUUAAUCUUUUUUUGAUGAGAUUUAGUAAUUUUAUAUCUAAAACCAUAUUUAAGUUCUGUGCAAUAUAACUUAGAUACACCAAAUAAUAUAAUAAAGUUAAUAUAAAUAUAAAUUUCAAAAAAACAAUUAAUUUUUAUACACUAAAAUCAUAUAUUUUUCUUAUCUUAAAAUAAAUAAAUCUUAAAAGAAGAAGUCUAAGAAAUGUUUUGUAAAUUAAUAUCUCUAUAAAUUAAUAAAAUUUUAAAAUUCCAACGUCAUUAAUUUAUAGAAGUUCUAUUGUACUAGUAUUCAUAGGUAGAACUUUAGUUCCAUUUCUAAAGUAAGACGAGAGCUUGAUUAAAAAUUUAUUAUACUUUAUACAGCUGUUUAACAAACUAUAACUAAAAUCUUCUCUAGUAUAUUCUAUGUUUUUUACUUUUGAAAUAGAAUAACUCUAAAAUAGAGAUAAAUUUUCUCUAAUGUAUUUAUCUAUUUUUUAUCUCAAAAAAUAUUUUUUUAAAAAUAUAUUAAAUUUUACGACAAGUACCUUUAUUUAUGAGAAAUGAUAAUUGACUUUAUUUACUUAUAAAAAAAAUUUCAUACAAUUAUAACUUUGUUUAGACUAAGAUGUUCCUUAAAUAUUAUUACGUAAAUCAAAAGUGUGAUUCUAUUUUUAAAUAAUGUAUUUUAAAAAAAAAAGUUGUCUUGGUUAUAACCAUAAAAGUUUAAAAGUUAAAGAACUAUUUUAAAAAUAAAAAUAUGACUUUACAAUAAAGAUGAAAAUAGCUUAAGAGAUGCUAUAAGCUAAAUUUAACAUCACAAUUAUAGAAACUCUAUUAAACUUAGUAAAUUAAAUGGAUGUUUGAGACUUAUAUAUGGAUUGUCAACAUGGAUGGAUCUGAGAUUUAAAUAUAUAUAUAUAGUUCAUGUUAAUUUUAAGAAAAAGGAAUGUUUUAUCCGACUAUUUUCAGAACCGGGUUGAUUAUCAACACAAUGAUUAGAACUAUUGAACUAUGUGAAGUUUAUAACACCAAUAGAUGUUUGGCCUCGUUUUUGUAGACUUGACGUUCAACAUCCCAGCUUCAAUCAUCUUUCCAUGAUAAUCUAGUUGCAAGACGGAACGAUUGAUUUGUACUUGGCAUACAAUUCGUUUUUGUGUUUCUUCUUGUAUAAGCUUUUUAUGUACCUUAGUGACAACAACCAAAAACAAAACUUAGUAAAUAAUAAUAACAACAAAAAUGUCAUUGGUGGGAAAACAAAUGGGCUAAGUAAGUAAAAAGAAAGAAGUGAGAAUGAAGAGAGUGUAAGUAUAUAUAAAAAGAGAAGCACCGCCCUAAUCCACCAUUCACAACCGUGACAUUCAAACACUCUUCAGUCUCUCUUCCUUCUUGAUUCGUCCUCUCAAUUUCUUUAAUCCAUUUCUCUUUCCUUUCUUCUUCAUCUAUGGACCCUUUACCUUCCCAACAACAACAACAACAACAACACAAUCUUGACGAUAGUAUCCAACAAACCCUAACCCACAAUCCUCAAACCGAUUCCACCGACUCAACCUCCUCCGGCCAACAACGCAAACGUAAAGGCAAAGGUGGUCCCGACAACUCUAAGUUUCGUUACCGUGGCGUCCGACAAAGAAGCUGGGGCAAAUGGGUCGCCGAGAUCCGCGAGCCACGUAAACGCACUCGCAAGUGGCUUGGUACUUUCGCCACCGCCGAAGACGCCGCACGUGCCUACGACCGAGCCGCCGUUUUCCUAUACGGGUCACGUGCUCAGCUCAACUUAUCUCCUUCCUCUCCUUCAUCAGUCUCUUCUUCUUCCUCCACCGUCUCCGCCGCUUCCUCUUCUCCUUCUUCCUCAUCUUCCUCCACUCAAACCCUAAGACCUCUCCUCCCUCGUCCCUCCGCCUCCUCCUCCGCCUCAGCCUUUGGUCAUUACGGUGUGCCUUUUACCAACAAUAUCUUUCUUUCUGGUGGGACCUCUAUGUUAUGCCCUAGUUAUGGUCUUCUCCCUCACCAACAACAACAACAACAACACAAUCAGAUGACGCAAGUGGGACAGUUCCAUCACCAACCGUAUCAGAAUCUUCACUCGUUUAAUAACAAUAAUAAGAUGGGUGAUGUGGAGCUCACAGAUGUGCCGGUUGCUAAUUCGACGUCGUUUCGUCAUGAAGUGGCGUUAGGGCAAGAACAAGGAGGAAGUGCUUGUAAUAAUACCAAUUAUUUGAUGGAGAAUAUGAAUUCUCUAACUGGCUCGGUGGGUUCGAGUCUAUCAAUAUCCACGGCCGUUGUUGAUCCGGUUAGUUCUAUGGGUAUGGAUCCGGGUUAUAAUAUGGUUGGUGAUGGAUCUGCUACGGGUUGGCCUUUUGGCGGAGAAGACGAGUAUAGUCAUUGGGGGAGUAUGUGGGAUUUUGUUGAUCCCUUCUUGCUUGACUUUUGAUCAUAUGGCAUCGAUUAGGAACCCUAAAGGUCGGUCAAGAACAUUAAAGAUUCUGAGGAUUCAUUUUUGAAAGGAAUCAAGGAGAUUACACUCGAUGAAGAGCUUUGCAUGCACAAGUUUGGAGGAUUUUUUACAUAUAGAUAAUUAAGAGGAUGUUUUUACUGCUUUGAAGAUUUUUUUAGUAUAUUUUCAGGGAAUUCGUAAAGGAGAUUACGGUUCCAAUAAAGUAUAUACAUAUGUGGAAGAGGAGGAGAACGGUGGGAAGUUUUAUGCGAGUUUAUUGGUUCAACACUUCAUAGAGUGCCUCAUAGGAUGAUAUUUUCGAUUUUGUUUGACUUUCAGAGGUUUAUAUAUCUCAUUUUAUCUCUGAGAGUUUUAUUUAUUUAUGUGUACUCUUUAAGUUUGAAUUAUAUAUACUAUAAUAUGAAUGAAGGGAAAAUAUGAGAGAACACGUUUCCGAGGAAAGGUCACCUCCGGAUGCAUAUAUUGUUUUGUUUGUAUAUCAUCGAUAGUAUACUAAUCGAUGAUCAUUUGCUGUCGAUGGAGGGUUUGUAGCUAAAAUAUACAAUAUAUAUUUAAAUAAGUUUUGUAAGCUAUAGUUAUGUUGCUUGCAAAUCAACAAUGUGUGUUUUAAUUAUUUUCUUUUGUAGAAUCAGUGUUGUAGAAUACCGUCAUGUAUUAUAUAAUACUCGUUUGUAAGUGUGAUUUUGAACAGUUUCUAGUAUUUGAUAAGAAUUACUAUUCCAAGUGAAAAGAAACUCCUAUGACUAUAAUUUUCUAUUAUGUGUAGAACAGUUACAUGGAUAUAAACAGAUACCUACUUUGUUGCUUAUUUAUGAUCGCAGCGCACCAGGUCAUCAUAUUGGCCAUUACAACUCCAUCACUGCUGAUUCAGUUCCAAUGGUUGCAAUGAACUGUUAACUCUUCAAAGUUUAUGGACUUGAUUUUAUCAUAGCUCUCUCUGUGACUUCCUUGUGUAUUUGGUAUUAAAGCGUAUUAUAAUUUCUUUUCUCUAAUCGAACAAACAAAAUAGUUCUUUCCAUGUGUAUCUUUUAGCAAAGGUUUUCAUCAUAUGUUGUUUUAUUAUUGAGAUGUAUAAUACUAGUAGUCAACACUGCUAGAAUUAUACAAGAGAACAACUCGUUUAUACAAACUUACACCAAGCCGGCUAUCAAAUAUGUAAAGACACAUAUUUCAUAUAAGGAUGACAAAGCCCAAAAACACCAGAGCGAGCUAAUUAAGAAAGCUAUUUUCUCUCCAAGCCUUUGGUUCUAUAUCACUCAUGUCCAGUUGUCUUAGUAGAUUCUGUAAACAAUGAUUCUGCUUAAAAGCAAAUAAAUUCUAGUUGGCAAAAGAAAAAUUUCUAGCUUAGAAAUUAAUUAACAAUCAUUCUUCUAAUUUCUUUAGAGUUGGGGAAUAUAUUAGCGUUAAGGCCCAAACGCUUACAACGUUAAGGCCCAAACAUCUAGCUAGGGUUUUCAAGGGUAUGGUAUAUAUUAGCAGUGACGCUUCAUUUCUUCUCUUGUUACCGUCACCGUGAAUCCGCAUUUUGAGAAAAAAGUGUCUUCACCAUGAGAGCCAAGUGGAAGAAGAAGCGUAUGAGGAGGUUGAAGAGGAAGAGACGAAAGAUGAGACAGCGAUCUAAGUAGACAUAGAGAGAUUCCAAGUCUUUUCAAUCUGCUUCCUUGUUUCUGUUACUUUCCCUAAGUACUUUUGUUUGAUCUUGCUUCAGUUUUAUCUUUUCUUGGCUUCGUUCUUGUCGGAUUUGUAUGGAUCCUACAUUAAUGUUAAAGCUUUAUCUAUCUAAUCACAUUUUCACCAGUUUAA